CCGAUGCAAAUCUUCUGCACAAAACAUUCCCCCAGAGGCUUUGCAAAACAUACUCACCAUUUUCUCGACUCUCUCUUCCUCUCAUUGCCAUGAUCCAUUUUUUUCUUUUAUUUUCUCUCACAUUUUCAGGAGUUGAAUCUCUAGGCAUUAAUUAUGGGCAAGUUGGUGAUAAUUUGCCACCACCUGAUAAAGUUCUUGAGUUAUUAACAUCUCUCAAGAUCUCAAAAGUAAGAAUUUAUGAUACAAAUCCUCAAAUAUUGGCCACAUUUGCCAACUCGAAGACAGAGCUUAUAGUAACCAUCGAAAACGAGAUGCUAAGUCAACUGAUGGACCCUCAACAAGCACUCGAGUGGGUUGCAACCCACAUCAAACCCUACUUUCCAGCCUCUCGCAUCACUGGAAUUGCUGUCGGGAACGAGAUAUUCACUGGAAACGACACGGUGUUAAUGUCGAACCUCGUCCCGGCAAUGAUCAACAUUCAUAGUGCUUUGGCUCAAUUAGGAUUAGGGUCAUACAUUCAUGUCUCAACUCCAACAUCCUUAGCCGUUCUUGAGAAUUCUUUCCCUCCAUCAGCUGGUAGCUUCAAAACCCAAUUCUCGACUUACAUUUCACAAUUUUUACAAUUCUUAUCAAGCACAAAGGCACCAUUUUGGAUAAAUGCAUAUCCAUAUUUUGCAUACAAAGAUAACCCUAAUAAAAUAUCUUUGGAUUAUGCACUUUUAAAUCCCAUGUCAUAUAUGGUUGAUCCUUCCACUAAAUUAAAUUAUGAUAAUAUGUUGUAUGCACAAGUAGAUGCUGUGAUAUUUGCAAUGGCAAGAUUAGGGUUUGAUGGAAUUGAAGUUAGGGUUUCAGAAACAGGAUGGCCUUCAAAAGGAGAUUAUGAUGAAAUUGGAGCAACAGCUGAAAAUGCAGCAAUUUAUAAUAGAAACUUGUUGAGAAGACAAUUGGCUAAUGAAGGAACUCCAUUAAGGCCAAAUAUGAGACUUGAAGUUUACCUUUUCGCCCUUUUUAACGAAGAUAUGAAGCCUGGACCAACCUCUGAAAGAAAUUAUGGUCUUUAUCAACCUGAUGGAACUAUGGCUUAUAAUGUUGGCCUUUCUGCUUUGUUGAGUUCUUCUUCUUCAACUUCUUCUUCUGCUUCUAUCUCCUUGUCUUCUUCUGCCACUAAGACAAUAUCAAUGGAAUAUAAAAGCUUAGCGUAUUGGAUGUUCGCGUAUUUGGUGAUUAGCUUGGAGAUUAUUCUGACAAGAAGACCACUUCAUUUAGAAGAUUAAUUAAAUUAAAUGGAUGUGGUUAAGAAUUAAUUUGGAACCUAAAAAUUAAACCAUUUGAUUAUUGAAUCAAAUUAAUUAAAACCCAUCAACCAUUUAAUUAACUUUUUAGUUUAUUAGUGUUUGAUGAUUUGGUGUAAAAUUCAACAACAACAAAAAAAAGGCCUUCAUUUGUUUCUUCAUUAGCCAUGUAUUAAAUUGUUCCACCAUUGUGUAUACCUCUUUAAUUAUCUCAUGUACGUAAAACCAAAAAAAAGGCCUUGUAAUUCCAAUAUGCCAUUCGUUUAAUAUAAUGUUAUAUUCUUAUAUAUUCAAAUUCUCCCUAUUAU